GAGCCCCAGUUGUGGCCGGUGGGCAUGGUUUUGGAGGGCAGCUCAGAGGCGCUGUGUCCCCCCCCAUCUCUGGAGCUGCGCCCAUCCUGCAACAAGAGCCAGUCCUCGCCUCCUCUGAGCACCAGCUCACAACCCCACGACGUAGUCUUCCCUGAGGACAAGGAGCCCGUCAAGUACGGCGAGCUCAUCGUCUUAGGGCACAAUGGUUCACUGGCCAAUGGAGACAAGGGUCGUAGAAGAAGUCGUCUGGCCCUUUACAAGAGACCCAAAGCCAAUGGGGUCAAACCUGAUGUUAUCCACAAUGUCUCAACACCUCUGGUGUCAAAGGCACUCAGCAACAAAAGCCAGCACAGCAUCUCCUACACACUGUCACGGAGCCACUCUGUCAUUGUGGAGUACACCCAUGACACCAACACAGACAUGUUUCAGAUUGGCCGGUCCACAGAGAGCAUGAUCGACUUUGUGGUGACGGACACGACAGGCAGUGGCAGCAGUCAGGGUGGUGGUGGUGCGGGUGGGGAGGGUGGUGGCGGAGGACAGUCAGCUCAGAGCACCAUCUCCCGCUACGCAUGUCGCAUCAUGUGUGAACGCAGCGCUCCCUACACAGCCCGCAUCUACGCUGCCGGCUUCGACUCCUCCAAGAACAUCUUCCUGGGGGAGCGGGCAGCCAAAUGGAGGACGUCGGAUGGCUUGAUGGACGGCCUUACCACCAAUGGGGUGCUGGUGAUGCACCCAGCAGGGGAGUUUGUGUCUGAGCCGGCUCCAGGCGUCUGGAGGGAAAUCUCAGUGUGUGGCAACGUCUUUGCCCUGAGAGAGACACGCUCUGCCCAGCAGAGAGGAAAACUGGUUGAAAAUGAGUCCAAUACCUUACAGGACGGUUCACUGAUUGAUCUGUGUGGGGCUACCCUGCUAUGGAGGACCCCCGCCGGACUGCGCCACACCCCCACUCUCAAACAACUGGAGUCCCUUCGCCAGGAGCUAAAUGCUGCCCGACCACAAUGCCCCGUGGGUUUCAACACCCUGGCCUUUCCCAGCCUGGCCCAGCGUGAGAUUGUUGACAAAAAGCAGCCCUGGGUCUACGUUAACUGUGGCCAUGUGCAUGGCUACCACAACUGGGGCUACCGCAAGGAGAAGGGCCCAGCCGGCCCUGGGGGCACUGCACCGGCCAGCACUGGGGAGAGGGAAUGCCCCAUGUGCCGGCGAGUUGGCCCAUAUGUGCCACUGUGGCUGGGCUGCGAGGGAGGAUUGUACCUGGACGCCGGGCCGCCCACUCAUGCUUUCUGCCCCUGUGGCCAUGUAUGCUCAGAAAAGACAGUGGUGGGGUGGAGCCAGAUCCCAUUACCCCAUGGCACCCAUGCCUUCCACGCUGCCUGCCCCUUCUGUGGUACCUGGUUGACAGGGGAACAGGGCCACAUCAAACUCAUCUUCCAAGGCCCUGUCGACUGAAGCCCUGACCCGAGAACCACUCAGAGGACAGUGAUGUUGGAUUGGACAGAGGUGAGACAGAGUUAAGACUGUGUGCUAGAACAAAAAUCUGAACAUUUCAAGUAUGAGGUAAAAGAGAAAGCACUGAUGACAAGUACAGUGAAAGGACUGUUGAUAUGAUGAACUGAAAGCGACCUGCAAUAGUAGAUGCCAAGGCUUCACAUGGACUAAGAGGUGUAUGGAGGAGAUGUAAAUAAACUGUGUUGAAAUGAAAA